AUGGGUCGCUACAGCGGGAAAAGUUGUCGCCUGGUUUUCAUGCUGACCAUGACCAGCAUGUUCUUCUUGGCCGAGAUCGUGGCCGGUUAUGUCGGGAACUCCAUAGCGCUGGUGUCGGACUCGUUUAACAUGCUGUCCGACAUCAUCUCGCUCUCGGUGGGUUUAAUUGCUGCGCGCGUCCGUCGCCGCUCCUCGUCUCCGCGCUGUACGUACGGACUGGUGCGCGUUGAGGUGCUGGGCGCGCUGGCCAACGCCGUGUUCCUGGCCGCCGUGCGCUUCUGCGUGUCGGCCCAAGCGCUUGAGCGGCUCGCACAGCCCGAAGCCAUCGACCAACCCGCUCUAGUGCUUGUCGUCGGCAGCAUCGGACUCGGCAUCAACGUGGUAGGACUGCUUGUCUUUCAGGACUGGAGAUGUCUGCGCAAGAAAAAAGCGCGCACGACGCGCCGCGACAGCGCACCGAAGAGCGUCACGGACACAGAAGCAGGCUUCCAACAGACAGAAGUGGAUGAAGUGGAUGAAUUUGAGGAUGAAGGCCACCAGCUUAACAUUAGAGGAGUGCUGCUCCACAUGCUGAACGAUGCUCUAGGAUCGGUGGUGGUAGUGGUGACCGCAGCUCUGUUCUAUGUCUGGCCCAAGUCACCGGAUGCCCCAUGUAACUGGCAGUGCUAUGUGGAUCCAAGCCUGACGCUGGUCAUGGUGGUUAUCAUUAUGCCCUCUGCCAUUCCCCUAGCUCGAGAAACAGCUACCAUCCUGCUACAGAUCAUCCCUCGCAAUAUGCCCUUCAAAAGAGUCUUGCAAGAAGUGUGCAGCCUUCCUGGAGUCCUGAGCAUCCACGACGCUCACGUGUGGGAGUUGACGAAGGGACGAUACGUGGCCUCGCUGCACGUGCGAGUCUCCACCGAGCUCCACAGUUCUCUCAGUGGGAUCAAAAUGGUUCAUCAGGAGAUCCGGAACGUCCUCCAUAACUUCGGCAUCCACAGCGUGACGGUUCAGCUGGAAUUCGGCGACGGAAGCCUGGAGAAGAGCUUCUGUAGCACUCCGUGUUCAUCCCCCUCCUGCCUGAAAGUCUCCUGUUGCCCUCCUGAUGUUGCUGGACUUCCACUGUGUAAAGCAAACCUGCUCCCUCACCACAGAGAACUGCCCGUAGACACAUAUGAAAUAAGCAGUGUACUCAAAAUACAGGAGCCAAGAAUAUCAAUACAUUCCUACACAGCCACAAAGCUUUAAUGGCCAUACAACUAAUACACUUCUAUUUGAGUUGCAGAAAAAGCCUAAGGCUUAAUUUCGGGUCGGAGUGACAUCCCACAGAGCCUUUGAGGAUGAAAGAAAUGUUAUUUCAAGCAUGUUGAUAUUUUUUUUUAUUCUGUGGUUUAAAAAUUUGACACUUCUGACCCAAAACUGGCCACAAACUCCUAAACUGAGUCACUAGGAAAACCUAGUUGUGGCUGGGUAGGAAUGUAUUGAACACUGUAUUCAAUAUACAAAACACUCCUGGACUACUUGGAAUUCUCUUUGCUGGGAAAUCAUUUUUAUUUAAAAAAAAAUGAUUAUUCUGCUUGACUUGCAAUUUUGCACAAUCAAAGAAGUCCUCCGAUGUAUAGGGGACCAUGAUCUCUUUUUAAAAAAUGGUUUGUUAUAUACAUUAAUCUUAUAGCUGUAAAGAAAUAUUUUUUUCUGUGGACUGAAAAUGGUUAUGAUUGUUUUGUAAAGAACUUUCUUCUACAGACAAGUAAUUAUUACAUGUACACUAUAGAGGCAAAAGUUUGUAGACACCUGACCAUUUAUCCCAAUCCAGUUA